AUGGUCGUGCUGCGCGUCAUGACCAUGAACGCCGGGAGACGAGAAGCGGGACGCCGGGAAGCCAGCGCGCCAUCCUUCCCGGAACGGCAAGGGGGGAGGCCACAAACACCUGCGCAGCGCCCCUCCACUAUUGCCCUCAUCCUCCUCAGCUGCCUCAGGGGUGGUGGGGGAGAGGGGGAGGAGGCGAGGCCAGGUACAGUGGUAUGGGGGGAGCGGGAGGGGGCUGCGUAACGGACGCGGAAGUGCUUCCACUUCCAGUCCAUGUGCUCCUGCCUGGGGUACAAAAAGCAGGGAGAGCUAAGUAACCAUCCCAAUGAUUAAUCGCCCGGGGACUGUCCAACCUCGGACACAUACAUGAGGCGGGGGAGGCCUUUUCCUCCGACCCCUCCACCCCCUUCACUUCAAAUGGCGGCGUCUGCAGCAUGCACACCCCCACUCCACCAUCAUCUCUGUGUCCAAGGGCCCUACCAGUCUCACCCCAGACAGACUGGACACAGCAAAGCGGCGCAGCUUCCAUCUAGAGGGCCGGAGGAGGCGGAGUUGCAAAUGCUUAUAA